AUGUCCGAAUUCCUUGGUUCACGAAUCUCUCUCAUAUCCAAGAGCGAUAUCCGCUACUCGGGUAUAUUACACGAAAUCAAUUCUGAGGAGUCGACGGUCUCCCUCGAGAAUGUCAAGUCUUUCGGCACCGAGGGACGCAAGGGUAAUCCGGAUGAGGAGAUAGCACCAUCUGAUCAAGUUUACGAGUACAUCGUCUUCCGCGGUAGUGACGUGAAAGACCUGCGCAUCGAAGGAGCACCUGCUCCUCCCAAGGAGAACCAACCUCCCAAGGUCCCCGAUGACCCUGCUAUUGUGGGCGCCCGAACCCGACCCCAAGGCCCCCAUGGCUCUCAGGGCCCUCCAGGCGUCAUGCCACCUGGGCCUGGUGCCCCGGGCUAUGGCCAGAGCCCGUAUCAACCGAACCCCUUCUACCCUCCUCCCCCUACACAAUGGGGACGAGGUGGACAUCCCGGUCCUGGUCCAGGCCAAGGCUUUCCUGCGAUGCCUUACCCUCCUCCUCCGGGCUGGUUUCCUCCUGGCCAGGGCUUCCCAGCUGGUGGCCCUGGAGGUCCGGGUCCGUGGAAUAGCUUUGGAUACCCUCCUGGUCCCGGUCCUCAAGGACCCCAAGGACCUCCGGGCGUACCUGGUCAAGGCAUGAGAGCGACUCCUCAGCAGGUUGGCAACAAGCCAGCCCCUAUUGGUGCAGGUGUCGAUAAACAAAGAGUGGGUGGUCACCCCGCGGUCGAGUUGCCUACCGAACCUAAAUCUCUUGGACAGCAGCAAACAAUCCAGCCUGCUUCGAGUGCCGCUCCAACCCCGCCGGUUGAGUCGAAGCCUAGUGCGGCUGAAGUCAAAGCUACUGCAGAAUCGCUCUCCACGACGAAUGCACCCUCGAGUAGCGCUCUCGAGAAGAAGCCUGUCCCGACCGGCCCUAAGAACAACCGAAUCACUCCCGUAGUGCCUAUUCCGCCUACGUUCGCUUCAAAGGCUGGCUCUCAAGUUACUGCCGCUGCCGCUACGACUAAGACUACAGGCGAUCAAGCCAACGGUCCGGUUGCCGCCACCUCUCUCAAGGACGCAACCCAAGCUGCGAAGGCUGCCGUUGCUGUUGCCAUGGCCAAACUCGACAGCACUCGUGCCGCCGAAGCCCCGAAUCAAGCCCCGGUUCAGAAUGGCAGCAAUGUGAUGGACAAUUUGACCAAGAAGGUCAAUGAGAUGCGCAUGAAUGCCUCUCGAAACCCCACCAACGGUAGGGGUCGUGGACGCGGUGGACGCGGAGGUGGAUCGAGCAAGGUUAACGUUCCCGACGCGGAUUUCGAUUUCGCGGCUGGAAACGCCAAAUUCAACAAGCAAGAUCUUGUGAAGGAGGCCAUCGCUGGUUCUCCCCUUACUGAAGCUUCCAAUGGACCCACGCCCGAGCAAUCGUUAUCCGAGGAGUCUACUGCUGUGCCGAUUGCGUACAACAAGACUAGGUCAUUUUUUGACAACAUCUCUAGUGAAGCUAAGGACCGUGCCGAAAAUGGAGGUCAGAAGCCCGGUGGACGAGAGUGGCGCGGUGAAGAGCAGCGCAAAAACAUCGAGACUUUUGGACAAGGAAGCGUUGAUGGUGGUUAUCGUGGCGGUUACCGCGGCCGCGGUCGUGGUGGACGUGGCAGUAGUCGUGGCCGCGGAUUCGGCGGACCUCGAGGGAGAGGAAACUCAUUCCGCCAAUCUUCGAACCAAUAA